CCGCCGGGGCCGGGUUUCAGGCCCCACUCCAGCAGUUGGGGCGUGGAGGGGCUCGACGCAUCCAAGUACACCCGGCAGGUGGUAAACCAGGCACCGGCGGGGAAGAGGGAGAGGUUGACGGACCGGAACGCCAGGAUCCAGCAGUGCAGCUGGGAGCUAGAUCUCCACAUCCACAGAUGGACGACGCGGCUCCUAGGUGGCCAGGUAGGAUGCCGGGGGCGGAGCCCUCUCGCUGGCCGGUGCCUGGGAGGAGGAGGGAGAGGGGGGAGCGCCUCCGGGUCUGGAGAGGGUUGGGCGCGAGGGCUACCACCCUAGCCCGGGGCGCCUGGUCGGGUCCCCAGGGAAGGGGCGGGGCUCCGCUUCCGAGGUGUCUGCCUGGCUGCGGAGGUGCAGAGGCUGUGAACCUGCGACCGCGCCCACUCUCCUUCGUCGCGGAGCCCUCGCUGCCAGUCCCUGGAGGCGGCGUGGAGGGAAGGGCUGCGGGUUUUGGGAACUCGGAGUCCACGGUUCCGUGGCGACCGGAUGUGAACUGAUCUUGGGGACGGCGCUCUCUGUCAUACUGUGUAUUGCCACCCGCCAGAAGCUCAGACCGACACCUGCUGACAAAUCCUGUGGCCAUCUUCUGCCUGUCAGGCACGCCAAUGAGCACCAACACCUCCUCUUCCUGUGCCAAGAACCCUGCCUCCCUCUCAGGCACCUGGACUAUCUCCCCAGCGGGCCGCUUGGGUAAUCAGAUGGGGCAGUACGCCACUCUGCUUGCCCUGGCUCAGCUCAAUGGCCGCCGGGCCUUUAUCCUGCCGGACAUGCACGCUGCCUUGGCUCCCGUGUUCCGCAUCACCCUGCCUGUGCUGGCGCCUGAGGUGGACAGCCACACGCCUUGGCGGAAGUUGCAGCUGCACGACUGGAUGUCAGAGGAGUACGCCCACUUGAAGGACCCUUUGCUGAAGCUCACUGGCUUCCCCUGCUCCUGGACCUUCUUCCACCAUCUCCGGGAACAGAUCCGGAGUGAGUUCACCCUGCAUGACCACCUUCGGGAAAAGGCCCAAGGUUUCCUGAGACAGCUCCGCCUGCCGGCUACUGGGGUCCUCCCGCGCACUUUCGUGGGUGUCCACGUGCGCCGUGGGGACUACCUGGAGGUUAUGCCUCAACGCUGGAAGGGUGUGGUGGGCGAUGGCGUCUACCUCCAGCAGGCCAUGGACUGGUUUCGGGCGCGGCAUGAAGCCCCCAUCUUUGUGGUCACCAGCAACGGCAUGGGGUGGUGCCGGGAAAACAUCAACCCCUCCCAGGGGGAUGUGAUCUUUGCUGGUGAUGGGCAGGAGGAGUCACCCGAGAAGGACUUUGCGUUGCUCACACAGUGCAACCACACCAUUAUGACUAUUGGCACUUUUGGCUUCUGGGCCGCCUACCUGGCCGGUGGAGACACUGUCUACCUGGCCAACUUCACCCUGCCUGACUCCAGCUUUCUCAGGAUCUUUAAGCCGGAGGCUGCCUUCCUGCCUGAGUGGGUGGGCAUUAAUGCAGACUUGUCUCCACUCCAGAAACUGCGGAGGAGUCUUUCUGGAAUAGCCUGAUCGAUCUAGGGCCAGCAUUGUGCGUCUCCAGAAUCCUAGCAGCUUCUGGAGAAGCUUGUGGUGGUCCGGCAGCAGAUGGGCACCCAUUUCUAGAGUGAUUCUAAUUGGCUCAGAGCUACCUGCAACUGCCUGAACAUUCUAGAACCAGCAGAAGACAUUUUCUUGAUGAUUGGCAAUGUCUGGGGAGACUCAUGACAGUUCUGCAAGGCACAGUGCCCACCUGUAGUUCCAAGCCUAUAUCCAGAGUACUUUUAGAUGGCUGCCCACCCAGGAACCAGGAACUCCCCUCUUUAGUGUUGAUCAUUCUGGUCUUUUCUAGAAGAGAUGUUUCUCCAUUCCUCAGUCAUCAGGACUGAAGAAACUCAUGGAAAUUCUAGAGCAAGCACUCACCAACUCUCCUUCUGUUUCUGGAUUGGUUCUAGAUGGGAAUUUGUUCUAGAGGGGACCAGUUCUAAUGCCUGUGAAGAACCCUGCAGGGCCCUUGCAGAGGGGAGAGGGUUCUGGAAUUCCAGAUAACUUUGGUGAAAAAUCGAAUGAAGGUACAACCAGAAGCUCAAUACCUCACCACUGCCAGGAAGAUUGAUGGAAGAUAAACUAUGUAUAGCUGUGACAGUUUGUGAGAAGAGUGGAAUUCUAUCCAUCCUCUCAGCCCCUGAAAAAAACACACAAAGACUUUGGGCUGCUGGGGUUGAUGGGAUGGAUUUUUCUGGAGGUCAAUCAACAUAAACAUGACCUUUGGGCUUGUAGAAAGCCACCGGUAUCACGCCCCUUGCCAACCAUGGUCUGUCUGCUAAAUCUGGCUUUGGGCAAAUGAGGGAUGGAAAGAUCCCAAGGUAUGCAGACAGGCCUCAAACCCAAGCAGGAGCACUCUUGGCCAGGGUCUGGCCAAGGAGGAUGGGAUUCUUGACUCAGAUUUCAGGAACCCCUUGAUGCUUUUUGAAGGGGGUGAAGGUAGAUCUUUUAUUGCAGAAUUGUCUAAGAAUCUAAGCCUCUUUUUUAGUCUUUUCAGGGAGUUUUGGGAGACUUUUCCUACUCAGCUGCCAUAGUGAGAGAGGGAGGUAUGGAUUAAAA